UAGUUGUAUUUUAAAAAAUUAUAAAAUAUAAAUUUAAUUAAAGUCUCGAUCCUCUUGGAUAUAAUAAUCGGCAAAGACUCAGCUAGAACAGGAAACAUUUGGGCAGAAAGAAAAGGAAAGGAAAACUGAAGAACGCGAGAAGGGAUCAAGAAGUCAAAUGGAUCUCGCUUUUUUUUAGGGUUGGUGUUGUUUGAGCAACAACUCUUACUCUUUCUUACAGUCGUACUCUAAUUCUAAUAUAGUAGGAUAUAAAUUAGGUUAAGGUUUAGGGUGGGUGGGUGAGUGAGUGAGUCCGAAUGAAAUCCUUCUUUCAUUUCGUCUGAGUUCUUGAGCAACAGACCCAACAUUUGAUGUGCUCUAGACCGCAUGGACCAGUACGAGAAAGUUGAAAAGAUUGGUGAAGGGACUUAUGGCGUUGUUUAUAAGGCUCGUGAUCGCAUCACCAAUGAAACGAUUGCUUUGAAAAAGAUUCGCUUGGAGCAGGAAGAUGAGGGUGUACCUAGCACUGCUAUUAGAGAAAUUUCUCUCUUGAAGGAAAUGCAGCAUGGAAAUAUCGUUAGGUUGCAGGAUGUAGUGCACAGUGAGAAGCGUUUAUAUUUGGUUUUUGAAUAUUUGGACUUGGAUUUGAAGAAGCACAUGGAUUCAUGUCCAGAAUUCGGGAAAGAUCCACGAAUAAUAAAAACAUUCCUUUAUCAAAUUCUCCGUGGCAUUGCUUAUUGUCACUCUCAUAGGGUUCUUCACCGAGAUCUAAAACCACAAAAUCUGCUGAUAGAUCCUCGUACUAAUGCACUAAAGCUUGCUGAUUUUGGACUGGCCCGAGCAUUUGGUAUUCCUGUCAGAACAUUCACACAUGAGGUGGUUACCCUGUGGUACAGAGCACCAGAAAUACUUCUUGGGUCCCGCCAUUACUCUACUCCUGUUGAUGUGUGGUCAGUAGGCUGUAUAUUUGCUGAGAUGGUGAAUCAGCGGCCAUUAUUUCCUGGAGAUUCCGAGAUUGAUGAACUAUUCAAGAUCUUCAGAAUCUUGGGUACUCCAAAUGAGGAUACAUGGCCUGGGGUGACAUCAUUGCCUGAUUUUAAGUCUGCUUUCCCAAAGUGGCCUGCUAAGAAUUUGGCAACUGUUGUUCCUAAUCUUGAGUCAGCUGGCAUUGACCUCCUUUCUAAAAUGCUGUGCAUGGAUCCAAGCAAAAGAAUUACGGCUAGAAGUGCUCUUGAGCAUGAAUACUUGAAGGAUAUUGGUUACCUUGGAAUUAUGUACUCUUUCCAAUGUCUUGAGUCUGACUGAACUUAAUGUUUGUUUGGCUCAUAAGCGAGUGAAUGUCAUCUCAUCUCAUCACUUGGGUUAUUUAUUGCUCC